CUCUGCAGCGAGUGGGUGCAGCUGCAGCGUCUCUUCCGCUCUGUGGUCAGACGGGUGGAGGAGGACGCUGUCUCCAUCCCCCCCUCUGCUCAGUCACUUCCUCUGAGACGCCAAAGAUAGAGAGACGCAGAGACGGAGGGAGAGAGAGGGAGAAAGAAGGAAGCCAUUUUGGUUCCUCGGUGACAUGUCUGCACGCUCGCCUUCUUCUCGCCGCUUUCUGCUCUCAGAAAGUCGCUCGGAGAGAUAGAAAGUGGCGGGUCGACUUUUGGGGAAGUAAAACUUUAGGGUUUUCUGUGAGUCUUUGAGAGAAGUUUGGUUUCGUGUUUGGCAGGAAGGAGCGAGGCCCGUCCGUCUGUUCGUCCGUCCGUCGCGUGGACGUCUGACUGAAGACGAUCGGCAGGAAAUUUAAAAAAAAGACUCGUCUCCACUCAGAUGGUCUCUCGUUAACCGUCUCUGGUUUGACAUCAGCCGGACGGACGCCGAGUCUUUGAGGACGCAGGAUGAGCUCUGACCGGGUGCCGUCGAGGGCGGAGGUGACGGGGUGGAGCUCUCAGCAGCUGGCGGACUACCUGAAGAGGAUGAGUCUGUCGGGCUGCGAUAAAGUGGUGCUCAAGUAUUGCAUCAACGGUGCCAGAUUUGUGAAUUUGAGCGAAAACGACCUCCAGAGAUUCCCAAAACUUCACGCUCCGAUGAUCUCGAAGAUCAGCACUGAGAUCAGCAAGAAGGAGGAGAAGCGAGGCCUGUUUGGGAAACGAUUGACGCCUAAAUAUCACGAACCAGACAUGGCUGCGGAUGUUCAGGGCUGGGGCGAAGAUGAGUUUGAUGAUGAAGAGUUUGACGAUGACUACGAGAGUCCAUACAGCGGCGAUGAGGAGGGCAGCGGGGGCGAUUACGAGUCUCCAAACGAUGACCAGGACGGGGCCAACGAUUACGAGCCUCCGCCCACCGAACCUGCAGAGGACCUCGCCCACAAACUGUGCCCCACGCUGCCCAUCGGAGACAGCGAUUACAUCGAUAACCACGUGUCAUCCAGAGGCCCGCCCCCCGCCGUGUGUCCCCGCCCACCAGCCUCCACCCUGUCGGCGCCGUCGCCCCGCAUGCCGGGAGACUCCAGGAGAGACCUGUCUCCUCACUGCGGGGGCAGAAAAUUUACUCCAGAGCCGCCGAAGAUCUCUCGUGAAAACAAACCCGGCCGGGGUUCAGGAUCCAACCCGUCCCCCAUCAGAGGACCUAAUCGUAGCACAGGGGAAAAGGUGGGGACACAUCCUUGGAGGCCUCAGCUGGACGCCCCCGAUCCUCCCACCUGGUCCAAACCUCCUGUUCUUCCUCCGUCCUCCUCCGUCAGCAGGAGCAACUCCUCCCCCAAACCUCCUGCCAACAGGUUUGAUGCGAGGAGGGAGCAAAUGCAUGACGAAGCUCCUAAACACAACACCUUCCCCCUCCCCAAUAAAAGUGUGCCUCCUCGCCCUGGACUCCCCUCACGCCAAGGAGACAGCCUGCCUCCCAGUGUUCCCUCUGCUGCCUCUCUGCCUCACAAACUACACUCUGCAAUGGCUGAACAUAGAGGCAGUUUCAUGGGAUCGGACAGACAGUCGUUUCGUCCGUCUCCGCCAACAACAGCACCCAUACAGGAUCUGGACCCUCGCUGGUAUGUGGGUAAAGUGACCAGAGGUCAGGCGGAGGGUUGUCUCAAACGAGUCAACAAGGACGGGGCGUACCUGGUGAGGGACAGCACCCGGCAGCUGGCCAACCAGCCCUUCACCCUGAUGGUCCUCUACCAGGACAAAGUCUACAACAUCCAGAUCCGACAGCAGAACCACAACUUCCUGCUGGGAACCGGACUCAAAGUCCAGGAGACUUUUCCAUCGGUGAGCGGCAUCAUCGGCCAUUACUCCCAGUCUCCUCUGCUCCUCAUCGACGCCAAGAACCGAAGCUCCAGCCAGCAGAACCAGUGUCUGCUGGCCGACCCGGCCGGGUUCUACAUGACCGGGAAGAACUGGUCCUGACCGGAUCACUGACGCGGAGGGAAAAACCCGACAGGCCGAGCGACGAUGAAUGUCCGGUGGGAAAAUGGAAACAUGUUGACGGGAAGAUUUUUUUUUUCGGUGUUGGUGACUGAAAGAUUUUUGCACAUGUUGCUUCGUUUGCUUAUUUUUGACCAUUUUCUAAAUUCUGGUUUCAGUUUUUGUGUCCGUGCAAGGCCUCAUAGAGAAAAAUCUGUACAUUUUUCAAAACUAGUAUAUUUUAAAUAUUUGCUUAUUUUCCUCACAGCUGAUGCAGAUAUUCAUGUGUGUGA